AUGAUAUUACAGGAAUUACAAGAUCUGGGUCGAGACCCCCCAGCACAAUGUUCCGCAGGACCACACGGGGAAGAUCUAUUCCACUGGCAGGCCACAAUUAUGGGUCCAGUGGAUAGUCCCUACCAGGGUGGAGUGUUCUUCCUGACCAUACAUUUCCCUACAGACUAUCCGUUUAAACCACCAAAAGUUGCGUUCACAACACGUAUCUAUCACCCCAACAUAAACAGUAAUGGUUCCAUUUGUCUUGAUAUCUUGCGUUCACAAUGGUCACCAGCGCUUACCAUAUCCAAAGUGUUGCUGUCAAUUUGCUCACUGUUAUGUGAUCCGAACCCCGAUGAUCCACUGGUGCCAGAAAUUGCUAGGAUCUACAAAACUGACAGAGAAAAGUACAAUGAAUUAGCCCGAGAGUGGACAAGGAAGUAUGCCAUGUGA